AUGGCCUCCGCUCGCCACUGCCUCUCCCUGCUGCUCCUGUCCGCCUGCGUGGCUUUGUUGCUGCAGCCGCCACUGGGUGACUGUGGGACCCUGGUGGAGCCAGAGUACCCAGGGGACAAUGCCACGCCAGAGCAGAUGGCCAAGUACGCAGAAGAGCUCCGGAGGUACAUCAACAUGCGGACCAGGCCCAGGUAUGGGAAGAGGGACGAAGAAGACGCACAGAACUUGGAGUGGGGGGCCCCCCACAGAGCUGCCCCCAGGUAA